ACCCCACACCCCCUUACCUUACUUCCUGUCUGAAACAAACAACCUACAAUGUUAUUAUGUUCUGUGUGUUAGCUCUGUCAAAGUUCUCCUUUGUGCCACUAUGCAGAAGACACUACCGAACUCACCGCCUCUCAUACACGGGGAUGAUGACGUGGACAUAGACUUCAGAGAUGUUUUCGGUGGUCCACCUAAAAGACGGUCCAGAGUUAUUGAAACCACCAGUAGACACAGCUUCAGUGAAAUCAGGCGGCGUGACGUCAUCGUCGACAACAGCGCGCUGAUUCUCCGAGACGAGAAGCCUGUGUUCGGGGAAGAUCCGUCCAUCCGCCGUCGUUUCACUGCUGACGACUUCUUCGACGAUAUUUUCAGAGUGAAUGAAUCAUCUUCUUCGCCGCAGAGGAAGAUAAAGAACGAGGGAGAAACGUUCGGAUCAUCAUCACUUCCGGGUUCUCGGAUCCUUAGCCCGGCUCGUCCUGUCCCUCACAAAGCCGAGUCUCCUGGUACUUCUUUCCCUGCACACUUCAGUCUUCCAGCAAAACUAAUCAAAGGGACAGAGAUUCCUACGUUUGGUUCAGCUGCUCGGAGUUUGAGCAAGAACAGAGAAGCUGCUUCGAGUUCUCCUUUGUCAAAAACUUCUAGCAAAGCCGAUAUGGUGGGAUCUACUGCUAAACCGGAUUCAGAUGGCUAUGUUGCUCCAAAGGUUGUUGUUAAUGGGAAAGGGAGGCAGUUUCACUUCUCCAUCUACAAGUGGCCUAACAAAGGAGUUCCUGUUGUCAUGUGGGGAAGUUCUAGACUGAGCUCUAUGGCUAAAGCUGAAGAGACAACACCGAGUGAUUCAUCAGGGAUGUCGGAGGAAAAGAAGACCUCGCAAAAGCCUCCUGGUGUUCAGAAAGACGAAGAAGAGAUGUCUAAACAAGACUUCUCCGGCAAUGCGUCGAAAGCGCGCGAGGCUAGUGUGAAACCUCUGCAUGCGUUUUUAGAUGUUAAGGACGAGAAACAAGGUGAGGAGGAUAUAGUGUUAGAGAAGGAAGCAAGUAAAGGCAAAAGCAAAGCGAAGAGCAUGAGAAGCUAUGCAGGAGAUUCAAGAAGCAAAAAGAAAGCACAAGGCACGAGAAGUUCUUUGGAUAGUCCCAUGCCUGAUAAAUCCAGCUUCCCUAGUACAUCAUCAGUACCAGAAGUAGGUAAAGAUGGAGGCAAAGGGAAAGUGAUGGACUUCGUUAAGAUUUUUAGUCAAGGAGGAGGUGGAGAAUCUCUUGGACAAAGCUCUAGAUGGAGAGCUAGAGAAGUUCCCGUGACUGAUAUCAAUAAAUACGGUCCUAAGGCCAAAGACACUGUAAAGGUUUCUGAUCAACAAAAGAAAUCAACUCCAGUUACACCAUCCAUGGACCAGGAUCAGAAGAAACCUUCACAGGCAACUCAGAAAAAGGUUCCAGAUAAUAGUAGUAAGCCUAGUGGUGUUACUGAACAAGAGGAGAGACAGGAACCUAGCACAGCACAUGUUACCUCAGAGGAUAUAGACGAGCCCUUCCAUGUGAAUUUCCUGGUGGAGGAUAUAACACAAGAUGAGAACAAAAUGGAAGAAACAAGAAAUGAUGCUGAAGAAUUCAAGAACAUCGAUGCUAAGAUACGCAAGUGGUCAAGUGGUAAGAGUGGAAACAUUCGGUCUCUCCUGUCUACCUUGCAGUAUAUUCUAUGGCCCGGGUGUGGAUGGAAGGCGGUUCCACUCAUGGAUAUGAUCGAAGGAAACGCAGUUCGAAAAUCGUACCAGAGAGCAUUACUAAUCCUUCAUCCAGAUAAGUUGCAACAAAAGGGUGCUUCUGCAAACCAGAAAUACAUGGCUGAGAAAGUUUUUGAGUUAUUACAGGAAGCAUGGGACCAUUUCAACACUCUUGGACCGGUUUAAAAUGGAAGACAAAAUCUUUAGUCUUUUAGUUCCUUACACAAAGGCUUUAUAUGCGUUACUAUAAGUGUACAGUAAAGUUGUGGUUCUGGAAUCAAAAAAAAAAUAUGUUGCAGAAUUUAAAUUGUCACACGGCAUCACAGAUUUUAUUUGCGCAAAUUUUUGUGUGUUGA